GGCCUCCGACAAAAGCUAGUCCAGUCCAAAAAAAGGAAACUCGUAAACAGGGUCUGCGAUCUAAGAAGUGCAGUGAAUAGACAGUGAACAGUGCCACGUACGGAUCCUAUCGUUACGCAUCGAAAUAAACGGUGGUGAAAGAAGAUCGACAAGGAGCAGCUCCAGUUAGCAGAUUCAUCCCAAAGGGAAAUCAUUGUUAAGGAUCUGACCUCAACAGUAGGACACCUAGUGCCUGGAAGCUGUGCCGCCGUUGUACAACCGGUGCCACCCGUCAACGACAACGUUUCGAGCCCAAGACAACUCCAGCACGCCGAAUCCAGCCGAAGGUGCCCGUUUUGCGUCACGCCGCCCUAUUGCAAGAUACACCCGCGAUGUCCGAUCAGUGCCGGUGUUGGGGAGGGGCAAUAGUCCAGGGCGCUAGAUCUGUAGGGGGCGCCGCAGCUCGAAUGCCUCCUACACAACCAGUGAAGCCGUCUCCAGGGGGGAAGACGACAAGGAAAUCCAAAUCUCCGGGAGAUGUCGAUUUAGAUUUAGACGUCUCAAGAGUCCAAGCUUCUCCACAAAAGGAGGACAGUGAACAAAAAGCACGUAGAUGGUUUCCCUGCAGAGGAAACCAAGAUGAAAAGGGAAAGACGACACGUCAGUUUCUCUUGAAAUUGCAUUUGAUUACCUGUAGCGAAACUAAGGUUUUCUUCUUAUGGGAGGAAGCUCUAGAAAUGAUUCAACAUGUGCCGUGUAUCCUAACUAAUACAAAUGAGUAUCAAUUUCGGAAGUUAAUAAGACUGUAAGCUGUAUAACUUAGCCGAUAUUGCAUCGAAAUUUGUAAAGACUCUCCUCUAUGAACCUCACAAGGUAGAUACCUUUUUGACAUGUUUCUACAGUAUGUAUUCCUACAUUAGACCUAAUCUCGACUCAAUCCUAGAAGUUUGUACCAAGAUCACAGAAAUGUUACAUUCUUUCCGAUUAGCUUUAGCAGAACACCGUUCACAGCAACAAGAAACCUUGAAAGUGGUUGAAAUUUUCAUGAAACAGGUGCGCAAUAUCGUAGAACUAAUGCCACGCGUUGAAGAAGCUAUUGACUCUAUUGCUCUUAAAAUGUCCAAAUGAGACUUAUUACCUGCAAUACCUCAGUCCACAGCAUUAUCCUUACCGAGUUCAUCACGCGGUCCUCGUGGGGUCUCUGUGAGGCUAGUUUUAACAGAACCUGGAGAGUAUCAGGGAUUAUAUUCAUUUAGCAUUGCAACUGGCAAAAUAGUCACCGGAGAUCAGUCAUCUAGUAAAUUUCUUUCCAGAAGCAUAAGUUAUUCUAGUGAACCUAGAUCAAAAUACACUACUUAUUAGGUUUAGCACUCAGAAUUCACUGCGUAGUGCUUUCACCUUAUCCCCCGGUGUUGAGCGGCGGAUUCAUAUGUUGAAACUAACUACAAAACUCAAGAAAGGUGAAUUUCAAUGGAAAUACAUCCCUAAAACACAUCCCUGGUCAGACUAUUAAUUCCUAACGGACUAACAUGCUCAAUUUGGGGAAACUUCCAAAAGGCCCCAUCACCCCAGGACAACCAAACUUCGGAUUUAUAGUAAUUGGACGAGAAAUCGAAUGAGACCAUUUUCAGA